AUGAAAGAUGCAAUUCUUGAAGGAGGUAUUCCAUUCAACCGGGACCAUGGCAAACACGUAUUCGAGUAUUCCAACAUGAACCCGAGCUUCAAUCAGCUUUUCAUGGCUGCAAUGACCAACCGUGCGACUUUAAUCAUGAAGAAGAUUGUUGAAUGCUACAUGGGAUUUGAACACAUCAAUAGGCUGGUUGAUGUUGGAGGAGGCCUUGGGUUACUAACCCUAGCUAUAGGUUCGUAUGACGCCGCAUUUGCAGUACCCCAGUCCUCCCCUCCAAACCCUCCUCACCAAGUCCUCGAAUCCCUCCUCUCGCUCCACUUCUUCCUCCUUCCUUCCUCCACCGCUGUCGCCGCUUCCUCCGCCGUUGACGACCAAUCCGAGUUCAUCUACCUCUCCUGGCUGAGUUUGGGAUCAGCCUGGAGGCAGGCGGGGCCGCCAACGUUGGGGAGGAAGAAGUAG